GGGAUAAAAGAAGAGAGAGAGUUUAUAGGGUUUAGUUAAGUUGAGAGUCUUGAGAGGAAGGGGUUUUAGUUGUUUGUGCAAGUCGGGAGAGGAGAGCAACAAUGAAUCAUCAACGUUCACAAAUUGCACUUUGCAAAUUGCUCUUCCGCCACUCUUCCAACCCUGCGCCGAAGCUCUUCUCCCUCAACUCAAUCUCGACGAGUCCGGCUCAGCGAGUUUCCGACUCACCUCCGUUGCCGAAACCCGACAUUCUUCUCAACAAACCUACAAAAAAUUCCCACCAUUUUCUCCACCCAGCUCUCUCGAGUUCAGCGACCCAGUUCGCAGCUCGCCGGAAUGUGAGGCAAUUCAGCGGCGGGUCGGAUGAGUUCGAUCAGAACCAAGUGGUGGACACGAUCAACCUCAAAUUUGCUGAGGCGAGGGAGGAGAUAGAGAUGGCCAUGGAGUCCAAAGAGACUGUUUACUUCGAUGAGGAGGCCGAGUGCGCUCGAGAUUCUGUGAAGGAAGUGCUGGAAUUGUAUGAGGGUCUAUUGGCUAAGGUGCCGGAGAGCAAUAAGGCGGCGUUGCAGAGGUCGAUGGGGCUCAAGAUUGAGCAGUUGAAGGCUGAGCUUCAACAGCUGAAUGAGUGAAUUUAAGAAGUUAAGACCCACAAGUGGAGAAAAGAAGAGACCAAAAGAAGGUGGAGAAAGAAAGCAAUUAGGAACAAGUAUGUCGAAGAAAUCGGUUUUCAGAAGAGGACAGAGUUUCUCAUGUGGUGGACAUGGGGCGAUAUCUUGAUUAGUCCUUGGAACUACUGUAUGGAGGCCUCCCAAUUUGUGGAGGCACCGAAAUUUGAAUGUAACCUUGCUCCUCCACCUUGACGAUUUUUGGUGUGUCAUUAUGUCUACAAUUAGUUGACAAAAAUAAAGAAGUCAUUCGAUA